UUCCUAAUUUCCGAACGUAUCCGAAAACGGGUCAGAGCUAUUUUCGCGCGAAACGGCCCUCAAAGCCUCGAAAGGCUGCCGGCGACGAGGCUUGCUUAGACAGACCGUGCACCCUCAGCAUGUGCUUAGCGUCUACUUUCCUCUUCUACCUCUGCGUCGUCAUCGAUGACAAAGCCGAUCUGUCUGUCGAUAAAUCUAGGUGCAUCGCGAAGGCGUCCAGUCGAAGCGGCGUGCCGAGAUGUCGGGAUUAGAAGAACUGCAAGACGCGUCGGAACAAGAUGAUGCUCAGGAAGAGACAGAGGAAACAGCAGAGAGCAGCAACGAGAUAACAAGCUUGACUGAGGAAACAGAUAGUCCAGAAUUAUCAGAAAGAUUGUCUACCGAGGAACCCGAAAAAGAGCAGCAAAGAGAGGAAGUUACGGAGACAGAACCAGAGGAAGUAAAGAGGGAAGUUGAAGAGGAAGAACAAGAAGAUAUUAAGGAGAAAGUGGAAACAGAGGCACCGAGUCGCGAAGAGACGCAAAAAGAAGAAACGUCAAACUCAGAGCUGGCGGCCGUUACGAGAAGCGCGUCGUCGGACGACGGCGUGCCAGGUCCGGGACAGGUGGAAUCGGGCGAGGCCAGGAUCCCGUCUGCGACCAUCGCCGAAGACGGCAGUGGACAGCGGUAUCGUCGCGUCGGUCCCGGCGUAGCAGUCGGUGAGUGGAAUUCAUUGCCGGUACUGGUAGAACGUCUGCGCGAGGCGCUCGAGUUGUCCCUGGCUGGUUGCCGACGUGGAAGCGGCGGCGGCGACGAGCCGUCCGAGGGUGGCCGGGCGCGCCGUUCCCUGGAACAGGCGUUGCUCGACGGUGACGAUCCCGAGCCGAGGAAGGACGAGCUCAAGUUCCUGGAGGAUCUGCUGCUCUCGGACAUCCAGACCGCGCUCUCGCGUCUACGCGAGACUCUAGAGCGCACGGACGUCGUGACCCUCGCCAAGCACGGCGGGGUCUCGGAUCCUACGAGCAAGCUUCACCUUCUGCGACUGGUCUCCAGUUUGCUGUCGCGGCUGCAGGUGCCGGAAGAGAAGGAGGUGGAACCAGGAAGAAACGGUGAUGAGAACGAUAGGAUGAUCGGGGGACAGAGUAACGUCGCCGUCGUCUCGUUACCCGGACGAAGGCGACGUCCUGUCAGACACACCAUCGGCGUCUCCGCCGAGGAGAUCGCUCACGCGAGGAAGCAGCUGGAGGAGAGCAGCGCCGACCUGGCGAGGUUCAACGACCAAGUGUCCCUCGCUCGGCAACAACCCUGGGAAUCAUUACUGUCCGCGUCGCGAAACGUCAGCAGCGAUAGAAAGAACGUGGAGGAGAUCCACGACAAGUACACCAAGGAUGUUAUUAAUCACCGUCAAUCGUUGCGCGACAAGAACAAGGACAAUUCUCGCGAUACAGUUGUCUAUCGUUCGCUGAUUCCGUCGCAAAUCGCUAAUACAGGGGAUACGGUAAAUGGUGAACCGAAUAUUCAUCAGACCCGAUGUCUAGAUAGCUUGGAUAGUUACCAGGAGAAGGAGAAUGACGACGAGGAAGCCGCGAUCAGGAAGGCGAAUGAGGAACAGAGUCGAGUGACGAAGCUGGCUGCGGCUCUUCGGCAACGCGCGGAGCUGAUCAGCGCGAGCAAGUGCAACAAUAACAAUAACAACAAGUUUACGGCGAAAAAAUCGAAGAUCAAACGCGCCAACACCGUCGACAUACCAAGCUACCUGAAGCUACAGGCCGAGAGCCACGACAACCCCUGCGUUCUGCUACGACGUCCCAUCAACGUAGGCGACAAGGUCACCGCGAACGGGUCCAACCUUGCCGUGCCGUCGUUUCAACCCAAAACGGAGAACGACAAGAAGUUCCUCGCGCUGAUCAAUCGGAACAACGAAACGCAGACGUACAACGCCGCGCCCGGCUUCGUCAAGUCCUUCGGGUACACCAAGGCGACGGAUGUGUCGUCGAUGACGAACGAGAACUGGAACAGCCGGUUCUCCAACAUCAAGACCACCUUCGACAAACCGUCCGUCGCGAACGAAGCGGAGAGCAAGCUGUCCCCUAAACCGCAACCUGCGAAACACUUCACUCCAUCUCAGAACAAGAAGACAACGAUCAGCGAUAAAAUACACAACGGCUUCCCGUUUGCAAAUACAUCCAAGCCGGACGCGGGCUUCAGACACGCGCCCUCGUCGCUGUUCCGGAAGAUCGAGAAGCCGCAGACCCCGAAGUCUCCGCCCGGUUAUUACCAAUAUCAGAGGGACAACGCGCAACCAUCUGGAAACACCUUACGCGAGAAAGCCAGGGUUAUGUUCGAUCGGGACAGCAACGUUCGUCAGUCGAGGUUCAACGCGCAACACGAAGACUCCAAGAAAUCCUCCUUUCCGCGACCUCCGUGGCUUGAGCACGCAGACAAGCAGCUUGAGAGCAAAUCUAACAAUAUGGUUACCGAAAACGGACGGCUGGAUUAUCGACUCUUCUGCAAGCAGUUCGCGCCCUUCGUCGGCAAAAACACCGGGAUUCCGGAGCCCAAUAAGAGAUCGCGAAAUCCGGAGGAAUCCCGCAGAGAGCGCUCGUCGAACGAGAAACUCGGUGUGGUGGACGGCAAGAUUUCUUUCAAGAUGUUCCCCGAGAGAGGAUCGAACGAGUCGCGUCACGUCCCGAUCGAAUCGGAACAAGUAGUUCGAGAUAAGUUCGAUCAGCGAACCGAAAAGGACACUUUCGAACCAAUUGCAGGGUGCGACAACAAGCAUUCCGGAAGUGUAUUUGUCGGAAAUAACGCGCUGAUCGACGCUACGCUCAGAGGUAGCUCGUCCGUGGGUAUUCAGACAGGUCUUCAGGCUGAUCAUCGUCCAGAGGAUGACGCACGUGUGUUUCAGGUGAUACCUCGAGUUUUGUCCAGUCCGUUUUUAACGUACAAUAACGCGUCUGUUCAGACUUACGAAGAACCGAAUUUGGAAUCCAGGGAACAGUGGCAGAUAAGAACGCCUAGACUCGACGACACGACGUUAGAUUCGAAUUAUCGGCCACCCGAGGAUCUGAAAGAAUCCCACUUCGUCCUGGACCACAAUCGAAAUUAUCGUCUGGUAGCGACCGACGAUGAACCUCCAAGAAACGAAACUUUGCCAUUGAUCAAAGUCGAAAAAGACGCCAUUCGUUCGCCAAACAUGAUGGAGAACCUUCCUCUUCCUUCUCUUCCGAUUCUUGGUCAUCGAUCACCGGAACAACGAAUCUUCCGCCCGAAUCUUCCACCAUACGAAGAUUUCUCAUCCAAACCAACGAUCGACCAGAAGUAUCCACUGUACAAUACGGAUCCCUUCCAGGAGAAUCAGGUGUCGAGCAAAACCCAGGAAGAUCCCUCGUAUACGAAUGACGGCGCUUUGCCUGAGGAACAGAACAUCCAAAAUCAGGACAUCAGUGCAGAUACUGGCGUCGUUACAAGAUACACCUGUGCGAUCGCGACCGUCGCGUCUACCGACACCCCGGAAUCGCGAUCCGAACCGGAAACUGGCUUGUCACCCGCACCUUCGUCGCCCUUGCCACUCUGGUCGCGUCCGGCCAGCAACGAGACCAUCGCGACCGAGGACGAGGAGAUUCGCCGACACAAUAUGCUACAGCAGAGCCUGGUUCGUCGGCUGCAGAACGAGCGCGUGACGCUAAAUGAUCAUCACGCAAACCAAUCCCCCAACUUUAAUCGACCCAGUGAUUUCAAUCCACCUCUGAACAGUUUGAAUCAGCCUUCGAAGAGUCGAUCGCCUGAAAUGCCGAAAAAACUGGAACCGCCGAGGAGAUUGGAGCCGCCGAGAAAAUUGGAACCUUUGAAGAAACCGGAAAUACCGAAGAGACCGGAACUGCCCAAGAGACCGGAACCAUCGAGGAGGUUGGAAUCGCCGAAGAGACCGGAACCACCGAAGAAAUCGGAACCAUUGAAGAAACCGCAAUAUUCACCGAUUGUCAGCAGUGGUUUAUUAUCUGUAGCGCCAUCCUUUAGCGCAACAAAUCGGGUCACCACACUUAGAGGACAAUACGAGUUACCAAAAGCGGGAAUAGAGAAAAAGGAACGUUCUCCUAUCCCGAAUGGUAGUGCAAUGGAUCCGAGCGACGAGUACCUGGUAUCCUGCGCCAACAAAUCGUCCAGAUCUCUCGUCCUGUCCAAGUCCGAGUCUUGGCAUCAGCUGGCGCUCUCCAAAGGUCAUCAGCAUCAACAUCAGGCCUCAUCGCGUCCAUCCCAAAUAAACAGUUCACCUCAGUCUCUCAAUCGAGGAGCCUACCUCCCGAAACCGCCGACGAAGCCGUCCAAGUCGCCAUCGCCCUUCAGGAUGAAGAAGCAAUACGAGGCGUCCUCGUCCUCGACCUCGGUGAAGAAAAUGGAGGACAAGAUACGCAGAUACUUCGACAACCCGACCACGAACGAUAGCGCCUCGGAGAUGAGGGACUCGAAGAACCGACGUUUCUCGUCGCGGGACUCGGUGAAGGGGCCGAUCGCUCUGUCCAGGAGUCGCACCAUGCCGGGGAUAUCCGACCAGAGUCUCCGCCUGCUGAUCCCGACGUCGCAGAUUCCCGCGAUGAGUCUCAACAGCGCCGAAGUGGACAAGGUGUUCGACGACAUCUUCGAGGAAGCUACGAAGAACGACGAUCAUUGCUUCUGAUCGGUUACCCUAUCUCUCGUUUCCGUGUCGUAAAAAACCUACGCGACAGAGAGACUGAUUGCGACGGAAGUGACGUCCGUUCGGGAUUUUUCAACUCUCGGUCUCGGCAAGUCUGAACAUUAUGGAUGAUCGUGACAAAAUCUCGACUGCACAACGACGUGGAUCGCUAGAAACUGUGAUUUUGUCCAAUUAACUGCUUUAAUUUUAAACGCGACUCAUUUUCGUUUGUAGUCAGACUGUUUACAUUAGAAAUUUGCAUAUACGGUUAUUAUCAUUGAUUGUUUGUUUGCUUCAAAAAGCGAAUUAUUAUAAAUGUGAACUAAGAGAUUUUUAAUUAAUUAUGAUUCGACUAGAUUUCUAUUUCCUUCCGAGUUGACACUUCUCCCGAAUUAUUUAAUGGAAGGGCUCUUUCUUUCGAAAAAGUGAAUUCAGUAUUAUCAGAGUGCAUUUUAUGUAAAAUGCCACGUGUUUUAUUAGAAGCUACAAAUUCAAAUCAUUUUUGAUUCCUGUAGUUUCCUGUAGAUAAUUGGAGAAAACGAAAAAGAAGCUGAAGAGGAGCACAUAGUUACAUUAAUGCGCGAUUAUAUGGACUUAACGAGACCUAGAUCUACGCUCUAAUUGGCUGUACAUAAUUCUUCGCGUUUUUGCGGAAAUCACUCUACAUCUGACAUAUUUGAGAGAUCGAAGUUCUCUCUUUCUCUCUCUCUUUGAACGAUAUAUCCAGAUGAUGGAAUCUGACACAGAUUAGAAGCCGCCUUUUUUGAAGAACAGAGAAAUGUGUUUUGUGAGAAACGCAAAGCUACAUAACUAUAUAAGGAAGAUAAAACAUUAUCUAAUAAAAAAGAAAACAUAUUUCGUGCGAAAUCGACGCUUUUAUAAUGUGGUCUUCGUCCAUUACGAGAGACGGUAGUGCAAAUCGAUGCAACGACCAUCAUCGCCGCCGAUAUCCACCGUCAUUUCCUUCGUUCUUCUCGAAGAUUGUCCGACACGAGUGUGGAAGAAAUAUCAGCGCGUCGAGUAACAAAAAAAAAAUAAUAAAGAGAGAAAAAGAGAGAAAGCACACCGCAACGCAUCGAUUCCGCCGUUAUUCUCGCUCGAUGUGCACUAUUAUAUGCGCCAUGCGAGAAAUAUAUGAAGAACCUACAUAUUUGACAGCCACGCGUGACGCACACAAGCGCAUAUCGCGCGUGCCUAAUUUGUCAUUUACCUUUUUUUUAAUUCGAAAAUUCGCACGGACGGACUCUGAGAGUCGCUACAGGAUCCAUGCCAAUCCCCGAAUAAAGCA